UUCAGAUAUGCAUGAGUGGUCACAGUUCCUUUGAAACCAGAACUAAGAUUAAAAAGAAAAACCUUGCCAUUAAGAAUAAGAAUUGCAUCGAUCUAAAAGGAGAUUUUCUAGUAGUCAUCUUCAAAGAGAAGGAGUAUCUGCAGCCACAGAAGGAAGAAAACAGACUGGAGCAUUAUGGAUAUGACAUCCCCCUCUCCUUUCAUUGUCUCAACACAAAUCAUUGCAACAUCUGCUGGCAAAAACAGAACCUGCUAUGAUUCCGGCAAAAACGAAGAAGUGCUUGUUUAUGCAAUCUUCACUAUGCUUUUUUGUGUAUUGGGAAUGUUGGGCAAUGGCCUUGUGAUCUGGUUGCUGGGCUCCUCCGUUAAGAGGAACACUUUUGCCAUUUAUAUUAUCAACCUCUCUGUUGCAGACUUUGGUUUUCUCACCUUUGAGCUGAUUAUCGAAAUCCACUGGCUUUUUACACAUUUGUAUUGUGACUUUCCCUACGAACUCUUCCAAACAGGCCUGCUGUUAAUGUACAGUACAGGGCAAUUUCUCCUGACAGUCAUCAGCAUCGACAGGUGUAUUUCGGUCCUUUUCCCAAUUUGGUAUCGAUGCCACCGGCCGGUGCAUAUGUUCACUAUUGUGUGUGUUGUCAUCUGGGCCGUUUCCUUCAUCCUCUCUUCAAUUCAUUUCACAAUUAUAGCAGUGGAUGGAUUUGGAAACAGUUAUACUCUGAUGUAUCAAUUCAUCAUUAAUGCUGUGCUUUGUCUCCCACUUAUGACCAUCUCCAGUGUCACCUUGUUUAUCAAAAUCUGCUUCAUAUCCAAAAGCCAAAGGCGGAGGCAGCUUUUGACAGCUAUUUUGCUCACACUUUUCUUCUUUUUAGUCCUGGGUUUUCCACUAAAUGUCUUUUAUUUUAUCCAGUAUUUUUUGAAGUAUAUACAUCCCAACCUUGUACAUUAUGGCUACUUGUGUACCUGCAUCAACAGCAGCAUUAACCCUCUGAUCUAUUAUCUAGUGGGGAGACAGAAGGGUAAAACUCAGAGAAGCAUCAAGGACUUGCUUCAGAAAGUUUUCAAGGAGGAAGAAAAUUGUACUAAUCAAAUGGAAACUUCAGAAGGUGCCACGAUCUGAACUCUUUAAUUUCACCAUUGUCAUCCAUAAGAAAUAAUCAUUUCUUUCCAAGCAAGCCCAUAAUUUAUCUAUUUUUAUUUAAUGGACACUUAUCUCUAUGCUGAUUAAUGUGUGCAUGAAUCCACAAUUUGUGCAGACAAUUAUCUUUGUGCAAUAUCAAAACAUUUCUCAAGUAACCUAUUUACCUAGCAUCUCCAAUCUGAUGAUUAAUUAGCUUGUUUUAGUUCAGCUGUCCCUGACUUGAGUGGCCUUCAAGUCUAUCUUUGAACUUCGGUGUCUAACCAGUAGGAUCAUUGUUAAGAAUUUAAGUGGACAUUCACAUUUUUGAAGGCAUUCAUCAUAGAAAGGCCAAGCCAAGGAUGGACACAGGUAGCCUUCAAAAUGUCUUAGGUUCUAUCAGGUAUAUGACCAAUGGUGAAGGAUAAUGGAAUUCUAGUUCAGUGUUAUCUGGGGAAUCCUAUAUAUCUCCAUAAGGCCAGGAUUCAUCAAAUCAACUGUAUCAAAAGAAGACAACUGAUACAACAAUUAUGAAAUCACAUUGAAAUGGAAAAAGUUGUAUGAUUCCAGCAGAAAAGAAUCAAACUGAAAAUAUUUUAAUAUUUAUAAAUAUUAAUGGUAAUAUUUAUAAACUGGCCUCUCUUCCUCCGUAUGUGUG